CCAAAGUGCGAGAGCGGGCAAAUUCCACAUCAGACAAAUCUAGAAAGAUGCGAAACAUUGGCGUUUGGAGUCCACGCGCCCUCCGCCUCCCCUUCCCUACAUUAAAUAGGGAUAUUAAACGGUCUUUUGCCAUUGCUGUCACUUCAAAUCUCUUGCUUCCCUGUCUCCCUUUCACUUUUCACGCUCUUUGCUCGAACCCUAGGUAAAUCGAUCCAAGUUUCUGAAGCGAAAAUGGUGGUUCAAUCUUUGGAAAGCGGACAAGCUGAGCGGAGAAUGAGCGCGAGGAUUCAGGAGAAACAGAGGGUGGAGAAGUUGCGUUUGGUGAAACGGAGAGUGGAGCUUCUUGGUGAUACAGAAGGGGGAAGUGACGGUAAGAAGAAGCAAAACAAUAUUUCCAGCAGAAAAAGGAGGAAAGAAGAAGAUUCCGAAAAUGCGGAGGAGGGAGACAAGGUUCCAGUUCAAACAACGAAGUGUGAAAAUGAGUCUAUGAACGGUAAUGCUGUAAAUCUGGCUGAUAAAGGUGAUCAUACUAUAAACUUGGCUGAAAAAAGUGACCAUGCUAAAGUGAAAGAGACUUUGAGGUUGUUUAACAAACAUUAUCUUCAUUUUGUUCAGUUGGAAGAAGCAAGAUGCAGAAAAGAAGAAGUAGAUAAGAAAGCUUCCAAAAAGUCAAAAUCCAAGCAACAAAUGGCCCGCCAAUCUGAACCUGAGCAAGCCAACCUACGCGCUGAGGGAGUUCCCCUGACCUAA